UAGCGCUCAUAUGCUGUUUCACAUCAUUGACAUGGCCGCGGGAUCUCCCCCUCACUGCACACUAAAGCACGGGAUUGCCAAAGUUGUGUCUGGGCUGAAACUGGAGCGCUGGACUUUCUUUCAACAUCAUUUUAUUACAGCGAGAAAGGCAGUCCAGGAAAGUUCUCCAUGAAUGUACGUCACAAUGAUGAUGACCGACCAGAUUCCGCUGGACCUGCCGCCGCCGCUAUUGAAUGGGGAGGUGGCCAUGAUGCCGCACAUGAUUAAUAUUAAUGGGGAUGGAUCGCAACAGGUGAUCUUCGUGCAAGUCAACCCUGGAGAGACCUUCACCAUCAGAGCAGAAGACGGCUCCCUGCAAUGCAUUCAAGGGCCUGCAGAGGUUCCGAUGAUGUCACCAAACGGAUCCAUCCCACCCAUCCACGUGCCUCCCGGCUACAUCUCCCAGGUGCUGGAAGACAACACAGGGGUCCGGAGAGUGGUGGUCACCCCUCAGUCUCCUGAAUGUUACCCUCCCAGCUAUUCCCCAGCCAUCUCUCCCACCCAUCACUUACCUCCAUACAUGGCCCCACCACCCUUUAUCCCCAACUCACACACGGCCUUCUACCCACCCGUCAGCCCUGGGGACAUGCAACCCCACCAGUACUACCAACAUCAUAUCCCACCGAUGUACAAUGAAGACAUCAUUCCAUUGUACGGGAUGAAUUACAUUGGACGAGAUGAGCCAUACAAACCUCCACCGAAGAAAAUGAAGGACCGACUGGAGCGUCAGAAUCGUCUCAACAGCCCUCCCUCUAUAUACAAGAGCAACAUGGGCUGCAACAACAUGUACAACGGGUACGGCAAGAUCCAUGGAAAUGGAGGAGGUGGAGGAGGGGGAAGCAGCCCAGGGGCUAAAAAAACUGUUCGUGGAUCUCGAAGUAGCCCUAGGUCCAGCGAACCCGACUUGCAGGAUCAUGAUUCAGAAGCAAAGAGAGUUCAGGAUGUUCUAUCAGGAAUGGAAAAACCACAGUUUUUUAAUGUCCAGGCCCGGACAGCUAGAUUGACUUGGGCACCACCAGCAGGCCUCCAAAACCGCGACAGGCACAGUAACGGACACCCCUUUACCUGCAGUUAUGAGGUCACCAUCUCAGACAAAGGCCGUAACGGCCAGUACCGCAGCGUCUAUAGUGGAGAACAAUUGGAAUGCAAUUUAACAGAUCUCCGACCUGCAACAGACUACCAUGUAAGAGUGAACCCCAUGUGCAAUUCAGUGAGAGGCCCGUGCUCGGAGGUGGGCAUGUUUACCACCCACUGCAGUACCCCAGACUGCCCACUGCCACCUAAACUCUCCCACCGCACCAAGAGCACACUCACCCUGCAGUGGAAGGCGCCAGUUGACAAUGGAUCAAAAAUCACCAGUUAUCUUUUAGAGUGGGAUGAGGGCAAAAAAAACAACAUUUUCAAAGAAUGUUACCAUGGAAACCAAAGGCACCACAAACUAACUCGUCUGUGUCCAGCUAUGGCAUACACGUUUCGGGUGGCGGCACGCAAUGACAUAGGAAUCAGUGGCUUUAGUUCUGAGGUGGUUUUCUGCACGACUGGAAGUCUGCCCCACCUGCCCCAUGCUCCUCGACUGGUGCGUGCAGGCAUCACAUGGAUCACGCUGGAGUGGAACAGACCAGACGGCUGCACCGCAGAGGAAACCGUCACAUACACGCUGGAGAUCCAAGAGGAAAACAUUGGAACAGAGUUUCACCCAAAGUACACUGGAGAAAACUUGACAUGUACUGUAGAGGGCCUGAAGAGAAGUACACAGUAUAAAUUCAGGCUCAUAGCCUCUAACUUGGAGGGCAGGAGCAGUCCCAGUGAGGUGCUGGUGUGUAAUACCAGUCCAGACAAACCCGGACCCCCCUCCAGACCUUGCAUCAAGGGCCCUAUCAGACCCUACAGCUUCAGUGUCAAAUGGGACCCUCCACAAGACAAUGGAGGUUCAGAAAUCUUAAAAUACCUGCUGGAGAUUUCAGAAGGAAGUUCUGAUGCCAAUCAGUGGGACAUUGCAUACAGUGGCCCUGCUACAGAGUGUGAAUGCGAGAACUUGAAACCUGGCACUUCAUACAGACUUCGCACCUGCAGCAUCAGCACUGGAGGCCACAGCCAGUGCUCGGAGAGUCUGUCUGUGCGUACGCUGUCUGUAGCUCCAGGACGCUGCCAGCCUCCCAGGAUUGUGGGUAAAGCCAAACACAAAGAAGUGCACUUACAAUGGGACUGUCCCUCUUCUGAGGGGGCGUGUGAGGUGAGCGAGUACAGUUUGGAAAUGAGGGAGGGUGAGUCCGAGCUAGCCGAGGUCUAUCAUGGAUCUGAUCUGGAGUGCACUGUGGGCAGUUUGCUCCCUGGCGCCACCUACAGCUUUCGACUGCGUGCUGCCAAUGAGGCAGGGUAUGGACAGUUCUCUGAACCAACAGAAGUAACAACUGCAGCUGGUCCUCCCGGUCAAUGUGCGGCACCAUCCCUCACUUUAUUGUCCAAUACUUGUGUGCUGGUCAGCUGGGAGAGUCCAGAGAGCUCAGGGGUGGAUAUCUCUGAGUAUCGUCUGGAGUGGAGCAGAGAUGAGGAGCCAAUGGAAAUCAUUUACUGUGGCCCUGAUACACAGUGGGAGAUCUCAGACCUGACACCUGCAACUCAGUACAACUGCAGACUACAGGCUGCAAAUCAGGCAGGUGCUGGACCAUACAGCGAGCAGAUGAGCUGUGUGACCCCUGCCACUGUGCCUGACCCCGUGUCAGUGUUGUACAUGCUUGAGAACGACCCCACAGACAGCGGUGUAUACAUGCCUUCCACGUGCUUGGUUUUAAAAUGGGAUGAACCCUGCAGCAAUGGAUCAGAGAUCAUUUCUUACACGCUUAAACUGGGUGAACAGACCAUCAUCCUGGGCAACAACACGUGCCAUUUGUUACAGAACCUGCAGCCAGACAGUGAAUAUAGUCUUCAGAUUCAAGCAGUCAACGAGAUUGGUGCUGGUCCCCUGAGCCCUCCCCUGCUGGCCCGCACCAGACAGCUGCCCCCCGUCCCUCCCCGGCUGGAGUGCACCGCCGCUGGACCCCAGAGCCUCAAACUCAAAUGGGGAGACGGCAGCAAUGCCAAGAGCCUGCUUGGAGAUGAGAUGAUCUACAACCUGCAGAUGGAGGACAAGAACAGAAGGUUUGUUACAAUCUACAGAGGCCCAAGCCACACAUAUAAGGUACAGAGGCUAUGCGAGUCAAGCAGCUACUCUCUCAGGAUUCAAGCUGUAAGCGAGGCAGGGGAGGGCCAGUUCUCUGAAAUACACACUUUCCAUACCACCAAGUCUGUUCCACCAGCUCUCAAGGCUCCUAAAGUGGUACAGUUGGAAGGGAAUGUGUGUGAGGUCAGCUGGGAAAGCAUUCCACCAAUGAGAGGAGACCCCAUCAUUUACAUUCUGCAGGUGCUGGUGGGCAGAGAGUCUGACUACAAACAGUUAUAUAAGGGAGAGGACACAACCUUCCAGAUCUCUGGCCUGCACAGUAACACAGACUAUCGGUUUCGCGUAUACGUGUGUCGUCGUUGUCAGGACAGCACUCAGGAGCUGUGCGGACCCCUCAGUCCAUCAUCAUUCUUCGCGCCCCGCCGCACGGAGCUGGUCCUGCCCGGAGACCUCAACUCCACGGAAACGACGACUCCCACCGGCAUGUUCAGCACAGACGAACGCUUCGCAGCGGUCUUAGUCGGCGCUUUCGCCGCCCUCUCCUUCCUCAUCGCCUUUUUGGUGGAAUACUUCUUCAUGAAGUGAGCUAUAUAUAUAUACGAAAAACCAGAAACAGCAGCCAGCCAAGAAAAAGAAACAUUUACGUUACACACACGCACACACUUAAAUAUACACGCGUGGCAAUGUACUGUAGGCUGAUUAUGUAUACAGGCACGCUUUCUCUCUAUUCCUUAUCUCUACAAUGCCUUUUCCUGUGCUGCCUGUGUAUCGCUGUUUUACUCAAACUUUACAGCGUGACGGUUUUGCUCUGUGAACUCCUUGGUGAAGCAAAAUCGCAUUAUCGAGCCUUACGAAAAGUCACGUGAUAGCCUGUUUUUGCAUGCUUGAUUUUUUUGUAUCCCUUUAAGUGUACGUAUAUGUUUGGAGGAAAAUGUAUUGUAUUUUCUCCUCGUUCAUGGCCUAUUAUAGUUUUAUCAAAGCACGCUUCACCCAGUUUGCGUUAAGGAAUCGUAGCUUUAUCACGAAAUGCGUAACACAUUCCACAAUCCCAGUUCAAUUCAUGUGAUGUUGUUCACGUUUUAUAUAUUAUGCACAUCACCACAUAAACACUAAAUACCGUUACCGUAGUAAAGGCUGGUGUGCAGCCCCCUGAAUUAAGCUGCCAAAGCAAGUUGCAAUCCAAGUGUGGUUUAAGUAUUGCUGCUAUUGUGUUUAUUUUUCCUUAGAACGGAAUCAGUUAUCUAAUAUAUGGAUAUAAAUCUAUAAGAUUCUAUAGAGGUAUUGUAAUAUAAAUAAUGAGUUUGAAGUAGAGAUCUCUUUCAGAGCGUGUCAAUUCACAAUCUAUGGUGCUCAUAAAUCUGUGGUCAGUAGUGGUGGCGAUGGAGUUCAAUUUGCCACGUAACACUCUUUGCUGCCACAUGCCACAAGAGAACGGGUCGCUGACCCAGACCGGCCAUUUAGUCUUUGUGUGUCCUUGUCCUAAGGUGCAGGCCGCAUGCUUGAGCAUGUCACACACAGGGCUACUUUCUUGUCUACCUGCCCACAUAUGACUUGGCUAGGCUAAUGUGCUUUGUGUGCUGUCUGUAGAUCCAGGGACCAGCUGAUGGCUAGAGUCACAAUAGCCAGUGUGUAGCUGUGAAACCGGUUGUUUUUCAGUUAUGUUUAUACUCUGUGAAUUGCGUUCGUAACCGUUUCGCCUCAACUUUCCUAUUUGCUUUUUAUCGACGGCCCUACAUGUCUCAUUGAAUGUUGCAUCGUUUUUAAUCUGCGAAAAGCCAGUUGUAUGUUUUUAAGGUGCUUGAUCAACAUGAUUUACGAAGCAGCGGUGAGCUCCUCCACCCGCUGCACCUUAUAAUGAGGACUGAUGUUCAUGCCAAAACAGCCUGAUGUGCAUCUUUAGCCAAGUAAAGGUACAAACCAGCAGUUCCCAAAGAAUUUCUCCUAAAAUUCCACUCGCAGACCAGUUGUCUAAAAGAAGAAAAGGGGAGGGGUGUAAGGCAGGGCGUGGCUUGCUGGAGCCUCUUUUCCCAACUGACAGCCUGUAUUGUACCUCAGGGACAUGGACUUAUCAGAGGUGAAGAAGUACAGCGAAUACUAUGUUUCUGAGAGGGUGCUGCAAACACUACAUUAUACCGAAUGAUAAUGAUAUUGCUGUCAUCACUAUGGUAGCAUUAUUUCUUUGUCUGCCUCUGCAGUUUUUUUUUUAUGCAUUUAUUUGAUCUGUUUCUCGCCUAAGCUGUGCCUUGCUCCAGUUGUCCGUAAGCAAAAUCGUUUACUAGUUCAGAAUACCUUUGCCAAAGUUAAUGGGAAAGUAAGGUAUCAUUCUUUUAGGGUUAUUUAUACUUAUCUAUUGCAUACAGUACUUUAAAUGGCAAUUAAAGUGCAAUCUUCAUUUAUUUAUUUUUUAAGAAAUUAAGAGAUGUAGUUAUGUACUAAUUUUUUCUAUUGUAGCAUGUUUUUUUUCAGUAAUUUUUUUAUGUAUUGUAGAUUAACCGUUAAGGCCAGCAUUCCUUUCAUUCAUACAGUAAGUCUUUCAUUUAUUUGUACCAUGCUGAAAUAUUUACAUGUAACCAAACGCCUGUUCAUCAAAGUGCCGAAACUCUGGCUUCACUUAGAAACUGUAGCAAAUGUUUAACCUUUUUUUUAUUUGUAUGUAAUGGGGCAUACGUUACGUAGCUAAAUUUGGCAUCGCUAAAAAGUGUUAUAACGCUUAUGUUAUCUUACUGUUUGCCAAAGCAGAGGUAUUUUUCUGUUAUUUAAAGGGUUACUUGAGAAAUUCUUUGUGACAUUAGAACAUGAUUUUCUUGUAAAGGAAAAACAUAAGUUUAAGUUAAACUUAAUCUGUGACUACACUUUUUAUUGGUGGUGAAAAUGGUGCCAUUUAUUUGAAUAAUCCUUUUUGAGGUGAAAUUUGACAUGCUAUUCACACUGAAAGGAAGCAAAACAAUCAACUGUUCUGAGGCAAAUCACAUUUCUCAUUUCUUUUUAUUUUAUCGUGUCAUAGCGCAAUAGUGAAUUUAUUCCAGUAUUUUUGCUAAGGAAUUAUAUAUAGAGAUAUAUAUAGAGAGAUAUAUAGUAUGACAACUAACAGAAAUGAAGCACUUUUUAAAGCAAAACAUUAAUCUUUAUUAGAUUUAUCUCAUAAAGGGGUAUUUCCUAGUCAAUGUUUCUAUUGUUUUGAAAUCAAGAUGAUCAUGCAUUAAGAAAAGCAAGAAAUGCAUUCUUUUUUUAAAGAAACUGGCCCACACAGACUUGAACAUAUAUAGUAGAAAGUCAAAAAGUUCAUUUUUGACCUGCUUUAUUAGGUUUAGUUUUCUUUUCUUUUUGUUUGUUUUUUUAUUUUAUUUUAUUGUCCAUUACCAUGUAUGGUCUUGACCAGUAAACUCUGGUAGUAAAUUUUUUUUUUGUUUUCUUGUUGGUCCUUGUAAAAAAGAAAAGAAAAAAGUAUACAUUUCUGUGGCCCAUUUUGUAUUUUUAUAAACUGCAUUUUUAUUUUGUUAAUUUUUCUGUUUCGUUGUGCUUUUUUAAUUUUAAAAACAAAUUGCUUGAAGAUAUAUGAAAUCUUAGAAUCGUCCCAGAAAAAUGUAAAGAACCACGAAGGGUAUUCAACUAUUUUCCAAAAAAAAUAUUUUUAACUCGCAGUUAAAAAAAAGAAAAGGAAAAAAUAUACAAACAUUCCAGGCUUGUCAUUAUCAAAUUUUUUUAAGUCAUAUUUUUUGUAAAUGUUAGACUAUUUCAUAUAUAUAAGAAACUGCCAUAUAAUGUAUAGAUUUUUGCAAAUACUGUACUACCCUAUGUAUGUAAGACUUAACUGUAUCUGUAGCGUGUAUGUAAUAUAUUUAUACCCAAUAAAUGUUUUAAUUUUUUUCUGACAAUUUA